GGGGGCGCGGGCGGGCGGGCGCGGCGGCCGGAGCGGCGGCAUGGCGGAGAGCGAGGCCGAGACCCCCGGCACGCCGGGCGAGUUCGAGAGCAAGUACUUCGAGUUCCACGGCGUGCGGCUGCCGCCCUUCUGCCGCGGGAAGAUGGAGGAGAUCGCCAACUUCCCCGCGCGGCCCAGCGACGUGUGGAUCGUCACCUACCCCAAGUCGGGCACGAGCUUGCUGCAGGAGGUGGUCUACCUGGUGAGCCAGGGCGCCGACCCCGACGAGAUCGGCCUGAUGAACAUCGACGAGCAGCUGCCGGUCUUGGAGUACCCUCAGCCCGGCCUGGACAUCAUCAAGGAGCUGACGUCACCCCGUCUCAUCAAGAGCCACCUCCCCUACCGCUUCCUGCCGUCCGACCUCCACAACGGUGAUUCCAAGGUCAUCUACAUGGCCCGAAACCCCAAGGACCUGGUGGUGGCCUAUUACCAGUUCCACCGCUCCCUGCGGACCAUGAGCUACCGGGGCACCUUCCAGGAGUUCUGCCGGAGGUUCAUGAAUGACAAACUGGGCUACGGCUCCUGGUUCGAGCACGUGCAGGAGUUCUGGGAGCACCGGAUGGACUCGAACGUGCUUUUCCUCAAGUACGAAGACAUGCACCGGGACCUGGUGGCGAUGGUGGAGCAGCUGGCCAGGUUCCUGGGGGUGUCCUGUGACAAGGCGCAGCUGGAGUCCCUGAGCGAGCACUGCCACCAGCUGGUGGACCAGUGCUGCAACGCCGAGGCCCUGCCCGUGGGCCGGGUUUUACUUUUGCCGUUUUGUUGUCCUUGGCUGUGACCUCCAAACGACCCCUUUUGGUUCAUUUGUAUGGCACAGGAGCGUGAGGACCUGCCGCUGCCCGCGCCCCGCUGUCCGCUUCGCCAUUGUCGACCUUGGUUUGGCUUCAUUUCAGUUCUUUGGUUUUAUUUCCGCUCAGCGCAUCUCUCUGCUCCUCAGGCCCUGGCCUGGAGGCAGGGCCGCUUAGCCCCCCGCCCCCCAGCACACACCUCCCGCCCCGAGUCAGACCUCAGCUGGGGGGGGAGGUCCCGCCUGCGGCCUCAGCUGAGCGCAGUAAUCGUGGGCAAGCUGCCGGCGGUGCGGCGGGUCCAGAAGCUUCCAGUGUGGGCCCUCGGGUGUCAGAGGUCGUAAGACCAGGUUUCCUUAUCUUUUUCCUCAGCACCGACAUAGAUUUCUCAUCACCGAGUAGAAAGGCCCAGCGUGUGGGGGGUCUCCCCGCAGGGGUCAGUGCCCCUGGGCCGCCGGGGGCUGCUGUGGUGGGGCUGGUGGGCUCUGCUCUCAGAGCUGCUGGCUGGAAAGACUCUGAGGGGCCUCCGAGGUGGCGCCUUCACAGCUGAGGGGCCGCAGUAACGCCCGGCGAGGCCGGAGGCAGGGGUCAGAGUCCAGCCUCCCCA